GACCCGUGAUGCUGGGUCCGUCCGGUCGUAGGAGGAGUUAAGAAGAAAGAAUGGGGAAAUGGAUUCGUAACGGUCGUUCGGUCUUGUCCUGCGAUGUUGUAUCGUUGUUAAUUGAUGUAGCAUCUGCUUGUUCGUAGGGAUAAUGGGAGGUGAUUAGGUUUGUUGAAUAUUGAAUAUUGGAUGUUGAACAUUGGGAUUGGCAUUCGGUCCUAUGGUUGGUGUUGGACAUGCUACCACCGUCUCUUUGGUAUGUUAUGCUAUGCUGUACCAAUCCCAAUGAAUGUAAUGCCCAUUAUGCAAAGGGUGGCUUUGUCGACUUUCGAGUUACGAUUCUUCUUCCCCGAAUUAUUUCCAGUAAGCAUCUGCCUACUGUUUGGACAGUCACUUCAUGCAUGCAUCUAGAUAUUCGACCCAGCAAACACAUAGAUCAAAAGCGAACGCGAGGGGACCUGCCGAAAGCCAUCCCCAUCAUCACCAUCAUCACCGUCAUUGGGACCCCAAAACGCCAAAUCUCAUCUGCAUGUCCCCCUUCGUUCUCGCCUUCACUCCAAAAAAAAAAAAAAAACGCCCGGCUUGAUUCCAGAUCACAUCCAGUUCACCACCCAUCACCAUCAUCUCACAGACAGACAUCGCUAAACAGCAAAAACCUCCAAACCAUGCCAUCCUUCCAAUCUCACACACCCCCCAUCGUCCCCUCCGAAAGGAUUCCUCCAGCACAAUUCCAUUUCAUCUCAUGCAUGUAAUCUAAUGUAACUAAUGUACAUAACUCCUCUC